CGCCUUUGUGUUGCCAUGGCGACCGCGGCCCCUCCCUUCUUCCUGCUGUGUUGGCUGCUCCAAGCGGUCAGCUCGGCGUUCCCAGAGGAACCGGGGCCUCUCAACUACAUCCCCACCGAAGUCGUGAGAAGACAUGCAGUGUUUCUGGGCCGACCCCACCGGACAUGGCUCAGACAAGAGCCUCUUCACAUCCAGAGGAUCCUGCAGGUCAAUCGGACGCUCUACAUUGGAGCCAGGGAUGACCUUUUCCGUGUGGAGUUGGACAUCGUUGCAGGAGACGAGAUGUUCUACAGCAAGAAAAGGACGUGGGAGUCGAACAAGAAUGACAUCAGGAUCUGCAGGAUGAAGGGCAAGCAUGAGGAUGAAUGCCGUAACUUCAUGAAGGUGCUGCUCCGCAGACCGGGGGGACUGUUUGUGUGCGGGACCAACGCCUUCAACCCCCUCUGUGCCAACUACACUGUGUCAGAGGGAAAUCUGUUUACAGCCACAGUGACAGACUUCCUAGCCAUCGAUGCGGUGAUCUACCGGAGCCUUGGGGACAGUCUCGCGCUGCGCACCGUCAAGCAUGACUCCAAGUGGUUCAGAGAGCCGUAUUUUGUGAGUGCCGUGGAGUGGGGACCUCACAUCUACUUCUUCUUCAGAGAGAUAGCCAUGGAGUUCAACUACCUGGAGAAGGUGAUGGUGUCGCGCGUGGCGCGGGUGUGCAAGCGUGAUCUGGGAGGGUCUCAGCGCGUCCUGGAGAAGCAGUGGACGUCGUUCCUGAAGGCCCGUCUGAACUGCUCCGUCCCCGGGGAUUCCCACUUCUACUUCAACCUGCUCCACUCCACCAGCCCCAUCAUCAGGAUGCACGGCAGAGACAUCAUCCUGGGGGUGUUCUCCACACCGUCAAACAGUAUCCCAGGUUCGGCGGUGUGUGCCUUUGACAUGGAGCAGCUGGCUUCGGUGUUUGAAGGGAGAUUCAAGGAGCAGAAAUCAUCUGAGUCCAUUUGGACACCUGUUCCAGAUGACUUCAUCCCCAAGCCAAGACCCGGUGGCUGUGCUGUUCAAGGAUCCAAGUUUAACUCCUCCAACGCCUUCCCUGAUGAGAUGCUCAACUUCGUCAAGACCCAUCCUCUGAUGGAUGAAGCCGUCCCCUCUCUAGGACAGAGACCCUGGAUUGUACGAACCAUGGUCAGGUACCAGCUGAAUAAGAUCGUGGUGGAUACAGAAGCCGGGCCUCACCGGAACCGGACCGUCCUCUUCCUCGGGUCGAGCAGAGGGAACAUCCUCAAGUUCCUCAUCAUGCCCAACCAGGACAACAGCGUCACCAACAGCAACAUCUUCCUGGAGGAGCUGGAGGGAUACAACCCUGAUAAGUGUGCUGAGGACUCUGUGCAGAACAGGCAGCUUCUCUCUCUCACUCUGGACCGGCCGAGCCACACUCUGCUGCUCGCCUUCCCCUCCUGUUUGGUCAGAGUGCCGCUGGCUCGAUGCCAGCUCUACUCCCGAUGCAUGAAGAACAGUAUCGUUCUUCAGUGCCCUACGUUGUGCAUAUCUGGCAUGAAUCGCUGA